AUGUCAUGUCAUGAGCUAAACGAGCAAAAUGAGGCAAAUGACGACGAGGCUGACGACUACGACGAAGAAAGUGGGGAACCAGACUAUGUGGAAACAGAGACGGUGAAUUUGGGAGAUUCAGAAUGUGUCAAAGAGGUUAAGAUCAGCACUCACCUGAAUGAAACUCAGAAGGAGAGCCUGGUGCAUUUGGUUGCCGAAUACAGCGAUGUGUUUGUUUGGGAGGUCAGUGACAUGCAGGGGCUGAGUACCAAUGUCGUAUCUCAUAAGCUGCCUAUCAACCCAGGGUUCGAGCCAGUGAAGCAAAAGACUCGGAAAUUCAAGCCUGAAUUGAGUUUGAAGAUUAAGGGGGAAAUCACCAAGCAGAUAGAGUCCCGGUUGGUAGAAGUAACGCAAUAUCCCACCUGGUUGGCGAAUGUCAUUCCAGUCGCCAAGAAAGAUGGAAAAAUCAAGAUUUGCGUUGAUUACAGAGAUCUCAACAAGGCUAGUCCAAAGGAUAAUUUCCCGUUGCCAAAUAUCCAUAUUCUGAUUGACAAUUGUGCCAAACAUGAGAUGCAGUCAUUUGUGGAUUGUUACGCGGGUUAUCACCAGAUUCUGAUGGAUGAAGAAGACGCGGAGAAAACGGCCUUCAUCACACCUUGGGGGGUAUAUCACUACAGGGUGAUGCCGUUUGGGCUCAAAAAUGUCGGUGCCACUUACAUGAGAGCCAUGACGACUAUCUUCCACGACAUGAUUCACAAGGAAAUUGAGGUGUACGUGGACGAUGUCAUAAUCAAAUCCCGCGAGAGUUCGGAUCAUUUGACACACCUGAAAAAAUUCUUUGAACGUUUGCGUCGAUACAACUUGAAGCUAAACCCCGCCAAAUGUGCUUUUGGAGUCCUAGCUGGGAAAUUGUUGGGGUUUAUAGUCAGCAGAAGAGGUAUUGAGCUCGACCCUUCCAAGAUCAAAGCAAUUCAGGAGUUACCUCCGUUGAAGAUGAGAAAAGAGAAAGAUGCCCCUACUAAGUGGACUGAGGAGUGCCAGACCGCUUUCGACGCUAUCAAGAGCUACUUGUCUAACCCACCAGUAUUGGUUCCUCCGCGAGAAGGGAGUCCUUUGUUGCUAUAUUUGUCUGUCUCAAAUAACGCCUUUGGAUGUAUACUUAGUCAACACGACGAGACAGGAAAGAAGGAGAGGGCUAUCUACUACAUAAGGAAAAGGUUUACUCCGUACGAGUCUUGCUACACUUUGCUGGAGAGAACAUGCUGUGCUCUGACGUGGCUUGCCCAGAAGCUGAGACACUAUCGGUCGUCGUAUACUACAUAUCUUAUCUGCAGGAUGGAUCCAUUGAAGUAUAUUUUCCAGAAAGCAAUGCCGACCGGGAAGUUAGCUAAAUGGAAAAUGCUGUUGAGUGAGUUUGACAUCGUGUACGUGACUCAGAAGGCAAUAAAGGCACAAGCUUUGGCUGAUCAUCUUGCGGAAAAUCCCGUUGACGAAGAGUAUGAACCUCUCAAGACGUAUUUUCACGAUGAAGAAGUGUCAUUUGUGGGUGAAGAUAUCUCUGAAGUUUAUCCAGGUUGGAGAUUAUUCUUCGAUGGAGCGGUGAAUCACCAGGGUAAGGGUGUUGGAGCAAUCCUGGUAUCAGAAUCUGGUCAGCACUAUCCUAUGGCGGCUAAACUACGAUUCAACUGCACAAACAACAUGGCUGAGUAUGAAGCUUGCAUUCUCGGUUUGAAAAUGGCCGUUGACAUGAAUGUUCAAGGAGAAUGGGCUGUGAAGAACCCGAAGAUUGUACCUUACGUACAAUAUGUGCAAAAUCUGUGUAAAAGGUUUCGCAAGAUCGAGUUCAGGCAUACUCCCAGAAUACAGAAUGAAUUAGCUGAUGCUCUUGCCACCAUCGCUUCAAUGAUCAAACAUCCAGAUACUGAUUACAUCGACCCGUUGGAUAUAGACUUGAAGGAACAUCCAGUCCAUUGUUCACAUGUUGAAUCAAAACCAGAUGGUUUGCCUUGGUAUUUCGACAUAAAGAGGUACUUGGAGUCUGGGACAUAUCCAGAAGAUGCCACAUCUAAUCAAAAGAAGUCGAUACGUCGUAUGGCUCUCAAUUUCUUUUUGAAUGGAGAAGUCCUUUACAGGAGGACUCCAGAUUUGAGUCUUUUGAGAUGCGUGGAUGCUGUUGAAGCCGUGAGGCUUAUUGAACAGAUACAUGCUGGAGUUUGUGGUACACAUAUGAACGGGCUUACCUUGGCAAGAAAAGUCCUUCGAGCCGGUUAUUUCUGGAUGACUAUGGAGCAUGACUGUUGCAAAUUCGUGCAAAAAUUCCACAAAUGUCAAGUGCACGAAUCCAUCAUCACUUAUAAUGGUGCAAAUCUCAACAGUCAUCUGAUGAAAGAGAUAUGUGAACAAUUUAAGAUUACUCACCGAAGGUCAACUGCUUAUCGCCCUCAAAUGAACGGAGAUGUAGAGGCCGCCAACAAGAACAUCAAGAAGAUUCUGAGGAAAAUGAUUGAAAAGCAGCAGGGUUGGCAUGAAAUGUUGCCAUAUGCUCUACUGGGUUAUCGAACGACGGCUAGAACAUCAACUGGGGCUACUCCAUACUUGCUAGUAUACGGAACAGAAGCAGUCGUACCUAUUGAAGUCGAGAUACCGUCACUGAGGAUCAUCCAAGAAGCUGAGCUAAGUAAUGCUGAGUGGGUUAGCAAACGGAUUGAUCAACUAGCUUUGAUUGAUGAGAAGAGGAUUGUUGCUGUUUGCCAUGGCCAGUUGUAUAGACAAAGAAUGACUCGCGCUUUUCACAAAAGAGUUUAUAGCUUCGCUUCGAAAUCGGCCGAAUUCUUCCGACUGAUGAAUACGGAGAAGGAGAAAACUAUCUCCAAAGCCAGUGAUUUUUAUUGA